AUGUCUAACUCCAAAUCUUCCUUUCAUCCUGGUCUUGCUGUAUCCAACAUCAAGAAUCAUGUUUCCAUCACUCUUAAAAUGGAGAACAAUGUCGGCUCCCCGGUUGCUAACGAUCGACUAGUUCUUCAACUGGUCUCUGUCCUUACCAAGCCCUACCAAGGUGUGGCCACUUUUAUUUGCCAAUAUGACCCGUUGCCUCAAUUUUAUCAAGCCCAUUCGAUUCUCACUCUUGAAGAGGCUGGCCGUGCUAAGAAAGCGGCCCAAAGCUCCUUCGCUGCCUUAGUUGCUCGCUCGUCCGAGGGUCCUCUUGAUGUUCCUGAUAAUUCCUCUUCCAACCGCAAUUCUAAUGAUGGGAAGAAGAACCACAACCGAAGAAAUAAUGGGGGAAAAUAUAGCGACAACAAUGGUGGUCGUGGAGGCGGCAAAGGAGCUGCCAACAACAGCGGUAAUAUAGGCAGUGGUUGUCCGCUGGGAGGCGGCAACAGCCGCAGCACUGGGCAGUAG